AUGGAGAGAUAUGGGGAUAGCCCUACACUAACUUCUAGCCCAACACUAUCUUCUAGUCCUACACUAUCUUCUAGUCCUACACUAUCUUCUAGUCCUACACUAUCUUCUAGUCUUACACUACAUUCUAGUCCUACACUAUCUUCUAGCCCUACACUAUCUUCUAGUCCUACACUAUCUUCUAGUCUUACACUACAUUCUAGUCCUACACUAUCUUCUAGCCCUACACUAUCUUCUAGUCCUACACUAUCUUCUAGCCCUACACUAACUUCUAGCCCAACACUAUCUUCUAGUCCUACACUAUCUUCUAGCCCAACACUAUCUUCUAGUUCUACACUAUCUUCUAGUUCUACACCAUCUUCUAGUCUUACACUACAUUCUAGUCCUACACUAUCUUCUAGUCCUACACUAUCUUCUAGCCCAACACUAUCUUCUAGUUCUACACUAUCUUCUAGUCCUACACUAUCUUCUAGUCCUACACUAUCUUCUAGUCCUACACUAUCUUCUAGCCCAACACUAUCUUCUAGUUCUACACUAUCUUCUAGUCCUACACUAUCUUCUAGUCCUACACUAUCUUCUAGUCCUACACUAUCUUCUAGCCCAACACUAUCUUCUAGUUCUACACUAUCUUCUAGUCCUACACUAUCUUCUAGUCCUACACUAUCUUCUAGUCCUACACUAUCUUCUAGUCCUACACUACAUUCUAGUCCUACACUAUCUUCUAGUCCUACACUAUCUUCUAGCCCAACACUAUCUUCUAGUUCUACACUAUCUUCUAGCCCAACACUAUCUUCUAGUUCUACACUAUCUUCUAGUCCUACACUAUCUUCUAGCCCAACACUAUCUUCUAGUUCUACACUAUCUUCUAGUUCUACACUAUCUUCUAGUCUUACACUACAUUCUAGUCCUACACUAUCUUCUAGUCCUACACUAUCUUCUAGCCCAACACUAUCUUCUAGUUCUACACUAUCUUCUAGUCCUACACUAUCUUCUAGUCUUACACUACAUUCUAGUCCUACACUAUCUUCUAGUUCUACACUAUCUUCUAGUCUUACACUACAUUCUAGUCCUACACUAUCUUCUAGCCCUACACUAACUUCUAGCCCAACACUAUCUUCUAGUCCUACACUAUCUUCUGGCCCAACACUAUCUUCUAGUUCUACACUAUCUUCUAGUUCUACACUAUCUUCUAGUCUUACACUAUCUUCUAGUCUUACACUACAUUCUAGUCCUACACUAUCUUCUAGUUCUACACUAUCUUCUAGUCUUACACUACAUUCUAGUCCUACACUAUCUUCUAGCCCUACACUAACUUCUAGCCCAACACUAUCUUCUAGUCCUACACUAUUUUCUAGCCCAACACUAUCUUCUAGUUCUACACUAUCUUCUAGUUCUACACUAUCUUCUAGCCCAACACUAUCUUCUAGUUCUACACUAUCUUCUAGCCCUACACUAUCUUCUAGGCCAACACUAUCUUCUAGCCCUACACUAUCUUCUAGCCCAACACUAUCUUCUAGUUCUACACUAUCUUCUAGCCCAACACUAUCUUCUAGUUCUACACUAUCUUCUAGUCCUACACUAUCUUCUAGUCCUACACUAUCUUCUAGUCCUACACUAUCUUCUAGCCCUACACUAACUUCUAGCCCAACACUAUCUUCUAGUCCUACACUAUCUUCUAGUCUUACACUACAUUCUAGUCCUACACUAUCUUCUAGUUCUACACUAUCUUCUAGUCUUACACUACAUUCUAGUCCUACACUAUCUUCUAGCCCUACAGUAACUUCUAGCCCAACACUAUCUUCUAGUCCUACACUAUCUUCUAGCCCAACACUAUCUUCUAGUUCUACACUAUCUUCUAGUUCUACACUAUCUUCUAGUCUUACACUAUCUUCUAGUCUUACACUACAUUCUAGUCCUACACUAUCUUCUAGUUCUACACUAUCUUCUAGUCUUACACUACAUUCUAGUCCUACACUAUCUUCUAGCCCUACACUAACUUCUAGCCCAACACUAUCUUCUAGUCCUACACUAUCUUCUAGCCCAACACUAUCUUCUAGUUCUACACUAUCUUCUAGUUCUACACUAUCUUCUAGUUCUACACUAUCUUCUAGUCUUACACUACAUUCUAGUCCUACACUAUCUUCUAGUCCUACACUAUCUUCUAGUCUUACACUACAUUCUAGUUCUACACUAUCUUCUAGUCUUACACUAUCUUCUAGUCCUACACUAUCUUCUAGUCUUACACUACAUUCUAGUCCUACACUAUCUUCUAGUUCUACACUAUCUUCUAGUUCUACACUAUCUUCUAGUCUUACACUACAUUCUAGUCCUACACUAUCUUCUAGUUCUACACUAUCUUCUAGUUCUACACUAUCUUCUAGUUCUACACUAUCUUCUAGUUCUACACUAUCUUCUAGUCCUACACUAUCUUCUAGUUCUACACUAUCUUCUAGUUCUACACUAUCUUCUAGUCUUACACUACAUUCUAGUCCUACACUAUCUUCUAGUCCUACACUAUCUUCUAGUUCUACACUAUCUUCUAGUCCUACACUAUCUUCUAGUUCUACACUA